UGACCUGUGUGGAUGCGGAUGUGCUCUAUUAAACGAGCCAUGCCCUUGUUGGCAUAGCUACAAUAGCUACACUUGUAUUUUCCAUCGCAGGUCCUCUCCAAGCCGUCCAUCUGAACAUCUGACACAUCCUCCAGGCUCACCUCCACGGACGGAGGGCCCAGACCAUUCUGCUCACAUCUUGGUGCAACUAGAAAACCCGAGAUCAUGUUGACGUGCUGGGUUUGCUGGGUCAGGUAUUCUUGAAAUUCCUUCACGAAAUCCACAGAUUACACAUGAAUGUGGCACAGCUCUGACGGUGCAAUUGUACAAACAUUUCAUCAAGCAUGGCUGCGCCUUUGGUCAAGACUCUUUCAAAGACCCUUAGACAGUUCCCUAGGACACCAUGGGGGUUAUACCAGUCUUGGUUAAGGAGGACUAGUUAUGCCCCACCUGCUGCUGCAUCAAACCAGACAGGUGGACUGACCUCCUUCCCUCCUCUGCAAACAUAUUCAGAGGAGGAAAGCAUGACGAAGGAAGCAGUCAGAAAAUAUGCACAGGAGCGCAUCGCCCCCCUAGUGUCAAAGAUGGACGAGAAUUCUGCCAUGGAUGAAGAAGUGAUCAAAUCCCUUUUUGAGCAGGGCCUCAUGGGGAUUGAGAUUGACCCAGAAUACGGCGGGACCGGCUCCUCGUUUUUCUCCUCCAUCCUGGUUAUUGAAGAGCUGGCGAAGGUGGAUCCCUCUGUGGCUGUGCUCUGUGACAUCCAGAACACACUCAUCAACACACUGUUUGUCAAACUCGGAACCCCAGCCCAGAAAGAGAAGUACCUGACCCGACUCUCCACGGACAUGAUCGGAAGCUUCUGCCUCUCAGAAGCAGAGUCAGGGAGUGACGCUUUUUCUCUGAAGACACGCGCUGACAAGCACAAGGACUAUUACAUCAUCAAUGGAUCCAAGAUGUGGAUCAGUAAUGCAGAGCAUGCAGGUGUUUUCCUGGUGAUGGCCAAUGUGGAUUCUUCUGCUGGGUACAGAGGCAUAACCUGCUUCAUUGUGGACCGAGACGCUGAGGGACUGGAGAUCUGUAAAAAAGAGAACAAGCUUGGCCUUCGUGCAUCCUCCACCUGUCCACUCAACUUUGAUAAUGUCAAGGUACCAGAGAAGAAUAUUUUAGGAGAAGUUGGACAUGGAUACAAAUACGCCAUUGGGAUGUUAAAUGAGGGCCGGAUUGGAAUUGGAGCACAGAUGCUUGGACUGGCUCAGGGCUGCUUUGACCACACAAUUCCUUACACCAGACAGAGGGUGCAGUUUGGGAAGCGUAUCUUUGACUUUCAGGGCAUGCAGCAUCAGAUUGCUCACGUAGCAACACAGAUUGAAGCAGCUCGCCUGCUGACGUACAACGCAGCUCGUCUGAGGGAAGCUGGCAGACCUUUCAUUAAGGAAGCCUGCAUGGCUAAGUACUUCUCAGCUGAGGUUGCAACCCUAACUACAUCAAAAUGCAUUGAAUGGAUGGGAGGAGUGGGCUUCACCAAAGACUACCCCAUAGAGAAAUACUAUAGAGACUGUAAAAUUGGAACUAUUUACGAAGGCACAACAAAUAUACAGCUGUCCACCAUGGCUAAGUUCAUCGAUAAGGAGUUUGACCACUGAAACUGUCCAAUGGGUCCCAUUUUGUUGUUAUUCUCCAGUUUUGCUUUUGUCAUCUCUUCAGUUGGAUCAGCUGGACUUAUUGGUGUCUAUUAAACUCUUGUAAAGUAGUUCUCACCGCAGAUGUUACCGAAAGGGUCACUUUUCCCCAUUUCGGAGGUCAAUUUCUUAGGUUUAAGUUGAUGUUAUUUUUAUGUUGUUCAUUUUCACAUUAGUCAUAAAAAAGUCUGUGGAAAUGUAAGUAUAUAAAGAUAAGUUUUGCACUUUUAGAUCUUUUCUGCAUCAUGUCUCCCAUAUUUAAUGUGUACUUUUAGAAAUUGUGGUAAAAAAAUGAUCUGUAGAAUUCAGUGCCUUUGAAAUGUUUGUUAUUGGGGAGAGUGUUUUAUCUUAUAUUAUAAAAGUUCACUCAUUUGUGACUUUCUCCAUUUCAACAAAUGUUUCUCUGUAAAAAAAAAUGAAAUGGAUGUUUCAACACAAUAAAUGUGACACACACUAA